AUGGCCGGCGUAACAUACCGGCUGUCCACGAUCGAUCAAAGCUCCAUCAGAACAUACAGCCGCGUGUGUCUCUGCUUUGCUUGCAGCAACGAGGACCGUGAGCGAGUGGCAGAGGCUCUCACGGCUAAUGUGCAGCGCACAGUCAGUCAUUUGCCAAUUCUCGCUGGCAAGGUACAUCCAAUCACCGCAACCUCACGGAGCCAGGAAAUCCGCGAGGACUCGGUGGGAGCAGCAACCAGCAGCUCCGCCUUCGAGGAAAGCAGCAACCUGUCUGGCAAAGACACUGGCCUCGGAAGUAAUGCCAGCACAAAUCAGCGCGGAAGACUGGAAAUCCGCGUGGAACUCGAAGAUGUGGAACGAUUGAGACCAACACUGAACUUCUUGGAUGAAGACGUACACAGGCUGAGCUUUCUGCCUCGCAAAACACGCACUAACUAUGGGCAGGCCUUUCCAUCAACGUACAGCGACCUUAUGAAAGGAAGCAUGCCGGCAUCCGCGUUCCUGAACACCUCCCUCACGCCAGUCCCAGACAUGCCGGACCCAGCCGAAGGAAGCAACCCUGUAUUCGCAGCCAAGGCCAAUUUUAUCAAUGGUGGUGUUCUUGUUGCCAUCUACAUCCAUCACUCGGUCGCUGACAGCCACGGCGUCGCAACAAUCAUCCGCCAUCUAUCGAUCUCCGCUGAUAUUUUACCACCACAGGAGCUGACUUUACAAAGUCUGCAUGAAGAUGCAGUGGAGCAAUCCCGACUUCGAGAUCGUCUUUCAGGAUCAAGAGGCGUCAAAUCAAAUGCCGCUGAGCACCCCGAGUACCAGAUCAUUACCGGCAGUGGCAGAGCCAGAAGACUGUCUCUCGCACCAAGCUACGGCUCCUGCCAUGUUCUUUCGUUCGACUUGCAAAAGCUUAGCAGCAUCAAGACAAUGCUGGUGGAGCGGUGCGAGAAUAUGCUCUUGAGAACUGCACCUGAAUUUUCCACAAAAGAUUGCUUGGUAGCCAUUCUUUGGAAAGUACUGACAAGAGCUCGCUGUCUAAGCCGAGACGACACCAGUGGGCAGUCAUCUUCACUUCUGAUGCCAAUCAGUAUACGCGACAACAUGGAGCCGAUUAUGAGCAAGGACUACUACGGCAAUGCAUCGCUUUACGCUCACAGCACGGCACCAGUCAUCCAGCUGUGUCUUCCAAUCGACGUCGGAACGAUGUUACGCACCACUGAACUCGUGCACCGCGGCACGAAGCAGAUGCACGAGAUCAAAGUCCGAUCAGCGAUCGCGCUCAUCAAUGACCGCGAAGAUGUUCGCAGCGUGAAUCAUCCCGCGGUGGACUUCCAAAACGAUGUCUUUGUCACGGACUGGUCGAGCGUGCUCGAGGCAGAUCUUGGUCUAGGUCUGGGUGCGCCUGAUUAUGUGCGCAAAGUGAGUCGACAGCAUUCCAGUUAUGGCUGCAUUUUGCUUCCCGCCAAGUCCGAUGAGGGUGUAUGGGAAGUUCUGGUGCAGCUGACUGAGGAUGCGAUGGAGAAGUUGUUGGAGGAUCCGGCUUUGCAGCCUCUACUCCUGCGCGUAGCUUGA